AUGGUGGUGAGGGGAAGCCCGGUGGCCGGCAGUUUCUUAAGCACUGGGGACCAAGCUUCCAAGGGAAACUACGGACUCCUUGAUCUGAUCCAAGCUCUGCGAUGGACUAGCGAGAAUAUUGCUUUCUUUGGUGGUGACCCUUUACGAAUAACUGUUUUUGGAUCAGGGGCUGGCGCCUCCUGUGUUAACCUCCUGACCCUGUCCCAUUAUUCUGAAGGUAACCGUUGGAGCAAUUCAACCAAAGGACUUUUCCAGAGAGCUAUAGCACAGAGUGGAACUGCGUUGUCCAGCUGGGCCGUCAGCUUCCAGCCUGCUAAGUAUGCUCGCAUGUUGGCCAAAAAAGUGGGCUGCAACCUGAAAGACACGGUGGACCUGGUGGAGUGUCUACAAAAGAAGCACUACAAGGAGCUGGUGGAUCAGGACAUCCAGCCUGCACGGUACCACAUCGCCUUCGGGCCUGUUAUCGACGGUGACGUCAUCCCAGACGACCCUCAGAUCCUCAUGGAGCAGGGCGAGUUCCUCAACUAUGACAUCAUGCUGGGCGUCAACCAGGGCGAGGGCCUGAAGUUUGUGGAGCUUAUCGUAGACAAUGAGAACGGCGUCCAGGCCAAUGAUUUUGACUACGCCGUGUCCAGCUUCGUGGACGACCUGUACGGUUACCCGGAGGGAAAGGACAUUCUGCGGGAGACCAUAAAAUUCAUGUACACGGACUGGGCUGAUAGACAUAACCCAGAGACCAGAAGGAAGACCCUACUAGCCCUGUUCACGGAUCACCAAUGGGUGGCUCCGGCUGUGGCCACAGCAGACCUCCACUCCAGCUUUGGGUCGCCAACGUACUUCUAUGCCUUCUACCACCACUGCCAAACAGACCAGGUGCCCCCCUGGGCAGACGCUUCCCACGGUGACGAGAUCCCCUAUGUGUUUGGCCUGCCCAUGAUUGGCCCCACAGAGCUGUUCCCCUGUAACUUCUCCAAGAACGACAUCAUGCUCAGUGCUGUGGUGAUGACCUACUGGACUAAUUUUGCCAAAACUGGUGACCCAAACCAGCCAGUCCCCCAGGAUACCAAGUUCAUCCACACCAAGCCAAACCGCUUCGAGGAGGUGGCGUGGACGCGCUACAACCAGAAGGACCAGCUGUACCUCCACAUCGGCCUAAAGCCCCGAGUCAAGGAGCACUACCGAGCCAACAAGGUUAACCUGUGGCUGGAGCUGGUGCCCCACCUCCACAGCCUGAACGAGGUCACCCAGAUCAUCUCCACCACCACCAAGGUCCCCUCACCAGAGGUCACCCCGAGGACACCAAAGAAGAUCCCUGUCAACACCAAGAGGCCUAACCCCACUCCCUUCCCCACCGAGACCCAGGACAGUCAGAACCAGCCCUUCCUGGUGGACCAGAGGGACUACUCCACAGAGCUGAGCGUCACCAUUGCCGUGGGCGCCUCGCUGCUCUUCCUCAACAUCCUGGCCUUUGCGGCGCUCUACUACAAGAAGGACAAGCGGCGGCACGACGUUCACCGGCGCUGCAGCCCCCAGCGCAACACGACCAACGACCUGGCGCACACACAGGAGGAGGAGAUCAUGUCCCUGCAGAUGAAGCACACGGAUCUGGACCACGAGUGUGAUGCCAUGCACCCACACAAGGUGGUUCUGAGAACUGCCUGCCCGCCAGACUACACGCUAGCCAUGCGACGCUCUCCUGACGACAUCCCCCUCAUGACCCCAAACACGAUCACCAUGAUCCCCAACACCAUGCAGGGCCGCCAGUCGUUGCACAACUUCAACACCUUCUCCAGUAGUGGACAGAACAACACCCUGCCCCACCCACACUCACACUCCACCACCAGGGUAUAGCCGGACGGAUGGACGCUGACACACACAGCACACGCCAGAGCUCACACCCAGCCUGAAUCAAACGGAUGUGGAAUAACUUCUACUCCUGUGAAUAUAUGAAAGGAAUAUAGGAAUGUUGCUGGGACUGGAGAAAAAUUUCAUUUUAUAUAAAAGAAGAUAUGAUUAAAAGUACAAAAAUAUUUCAAAUGAAAAAAUGAAUAAAGAGAAGGAUCAUUUUUAUUUCUGGUAUUGCAACAAAACAAGGUCAACUUUUCCAGCUAUAGAUAUCGCCUUCGGAAUUUUAUAUACGAUUGCUUGAUCCUGUUAUCAUGGAAAAGAGAGAAACCUCAGUGGAGCCUCAGAGGAGUAGCAGGGCCGCUUUGUAAAUGAAAGAAAACAUAUUGUUUUCCUGAGGCAUCAAACUGUAGAUUACUCUUUCUGGAGCCAAGAUGAGAUGCCGCUUAACCAAUUUAGGCAUGUGUUACUCUACAAGUAGAGGCAGUGUAAGAUAUGACAAAAACUAUCUAGAGAGAGGGGGAAAACUCUUAAAGAAUAUGCACAAUGUAGACAUUUUUUAAAUGUCUUGGAUUCUUUUCAUCAAUUUAUUUUUGGGGAACAGUUUUAUUGUAUAGAACCUAUUUACAUAUCUAGAUAUGUACACAAAGCACCAAUGCUGUUUAAGUCCUUCUUGGGCGUCAAUACCGCAAAUCUGCCAGCAGAACAAAAAAAGGGGGAUCCACUGGCUUUCUGGCAGAUACAGCUUCAUCACACAAGUGCUGUCUAUACCAAGAGCUGGAGGACAAAGGAUACUGGAUAUUUUUAGCACGACGCGCAUGACAAUUUAUCUGCUUGAUGGCUGUUCUGCUGAUUAAGUCAUAAUUAAGAAUACUUUUCAUCCCCAUUGGAUUGGUUUGAAGGAACACUACUGAUUAGCUUACAAAUCCAUAGGACUUUGGGAAUGGUCACAUGGGUGAAGGUCAUGGGUCAUAAUUGGGGACAGCAGGGGAGGGUUGGCUUAUGGUAACUACAGUACAUACACAAUAGCUUGAAUGAACAUGGGUAUAAGGACUAGUUUUGUACAAUUUGUGUUGGUACAACUUUUUGAUAGUGGUGAAUCACUCGCUGUUUGGGAUCCCAAUGGAGGGACCUUUCAUUGUACUCUUUUAGUUUGGAUCAAUGUUCUUUGCUAUUAUACAUAUUGGGUUUCUUAUCACCACUCUUGACUAGUUCAAGACCACUUUAAUGUAGAAAAGUAA